GCUGCUAUACGCCGAGCGCUCAACAUCCGAGGACUUUGGCCCAGAGUAACCCCGCUCGCGUGACCUUUCCCCUCCAUUCCGCACCUCCAGCUGCCCGCCCCGCGAGAGGGCGGCCGUUGGGUGCUCUCGUCUCUCCCUCUGGAGCCCCGGUUCUCCCCCUCCCCGGUCCUUCGCGCUGCUCGUCGUCAUGGCGGCCCUCAGCAAGUCCAUCCCUCAUAACUGCUACGAGAUUGGCCACACUUGGCACCCUUCCUGCCGGGUCUCUUUUCUGCAGAUCACCGGGGGCGCCCUGGAGGAGUCCCUGAAGAUCUAUGCCCCCCUGUACUUGAUUGCAGCAAUUCUUCGAAAACGAAAAUUAGACUAUUAUUUACAUAAACUACUUCCUGAGAUCCUACAGUCUGCUUCAUUUCUGACUGCUAAUGGGGCCUUGUAUAUUGCUUUCUUUUGCACUUUAAGGAAGAUACUUGGAAAAUUCUACUCAUGGACUCCUGGCUUUGGUGCCGCUUUGCCAGCAUCUUAUAUGGCCAUUCUAAUCGAAAGAAAAAGCAGGAGAGGACUGCUAACAAUUUAUAUGGCCAACUUGGCUACAGAAACACUAUUUAGAAUGGGUGUAGCAAGAGGAACCAUCACAUCAUUAAGAAAUGGAGAAGUCCUUUUGUUCUGCAUCACAGCUGCCAUGUACAUGUUCUUUUUCAGGUGCAAAGAUGGCCUGAAAGGAUUUGCAUUUUCUGCACUUAGGUUCAUUGUAGGGAAGGAAGAAAUUCCCACACAUUCUUAUUCACCAGAGGCAGCGUACGCAAAAGUGGAACAGAAGAAAGAGAAACUUGAGGACAAACCAAGAAAAAUGAAUAUAGUUGCUCUAGUCAGGAAACUUGUGGAUUCAAUAUGCAAGAAAGGACCAAGGCAUAGAUGUUGCAAACACUAUGAAGAUAAUUGCAUCUCUUAUUGCAUUAAAGGUUUCAUCAGAAUGUUUAGUGUGGGAUAUUUGAUCCAGUGCUGCCUCCGAAUCCCCUCUGCAUUUCGGCAUCUGUUUACACAGCCAUCCCGGUUACUGUCUCUUUUCUACAAUAAAGAAAACUUCCAGCUGGGAGCUUUUCUUGGCUCUUUUGUUAGUAUAUACAAGGGUACUAGUUGCUUCUUGCGCUGGAUCAGAAACCUGGAUGAUGAGCUACAUGCUAUUAUAGCUGGAUUUUUGGCAGGCGUUUCAAUGAUGUUUUAUAAGAGCACAACAAUUUCCAUGUAUUUAGCUUCCAAAUUGGUAGAGACGAUGUAUUUCAAAGGCAUUGAAGCAGGCAAGGUUCCGUAUUUUCCUCAUGCAGAUACCAUCAUCUAUUCCAUCUCUACGGCAAUUUGCUUCCAGGCAGCUGUCAUGGAAGUUCAGACCUUGCGACCAUCUUACUGGAAAUUCCUUUUAAGGCUCACCAAGGGCAAAUUUGCUGUCAUGAACCGGAAAGUCCUUGAUGUUUUUGGUACUAGUGCAUCUAAACACUUUCAGGAUUUCACUCCCAGGUUGGAUCCAAGAUACACAACUGUACCUCCAGAGUUGCCUACAGAGUUUUCUUGAAGAUAACUGUAACUUAUCAAUGUGACUAAAUGUUUCAUCAUUGUAUCCUGAAGAGUUAAUUAUGUUGAACACAAAGAAGGGGGCCCAAGCUCAAACUUCAGUGUUAUUUCAAUGAGAUAUGUUCUUUGUUUUCUUACCAAUCAGAAAUACAGAAGCUUUUUAGGAAGGUGUUGCUUAAUAAUUAAGCUUCCCCUGUAGCCAGAAUCUGAUUCUGGAUCACUGUAGUAGUUGACAUUAUGAUAUAUUAUCGAUUAAAUUAUGUCCAUAAGCAAUAUUAAAUCUAUAUAGAAAUAUAAUAACAAAUAAGAAUAUGCUUAAAAUUACUUUGAAAGAUGUCUUUAGUUCAUUCCAAUAUUAUUCUUGGUUAAAACUAAGAAUAUUUCCGCAUUAUAGGAUUUACAAAGGAUCACGGGUACAUGGAUUUGAUCUGUAUUUUUUUUUAAACCUUUGAAUGAGUAUCUGUAGUAGUGGAAUGUUAUAGAUUUGAAGUAACUGUCCACAGAUGCUGCUGCUUUAGUUUAGAGCAACUCAGUUGGAGAAAAGUGGCCAUUCUUACUUCAGGGAUGCAAAGGUGGGUCUUAGAGCAUUUGGAUAGAUAUUGUGGUAUCCAUGGUCUUUUUCAGCUCAUAACAUCAUCUCUCCCCUUGAUCAGUUGGGCUGUUUGCCUUUAGUACCUGUGUACUAAGGACAGGUUAGGAACAAAUGGAAACUGACACAUUUGAUAUAGUUGAAACAGAUGUUUAAUCUUUUAUAGUAGCAUUGCACUUGAAUAUUUAAAAACAAAACUUUGAAAUCUGUAGGUUUGCAUUUAUUAGGACUGAAUUCUUUAUAGUUCAGUCUGUAUGACAUUUAUAGAAGGGAUCAAAAUCCUACGGAACAAAAAGCAUUUUGGUGAAUUUGGCAGUUUGUGCUCUUUCAACUGUUUCACCUACAUACUGGAUGUUUUACAACUAAAAAUAAGAUAAAGGUCCAACAGUUAUUAAGAAGUGCAUUUUAUUACUAAUUAGAUUCAGGUUCUCCAGCCUUCUUUAAAAAAUGGUCAUUGCCCUUUUUACUCUGGAAUAAAGAAGUGACAAAAUAUAGUCAUUGUCUAAUAUGAAAGUUCAGGAAAGCUGUGAUUGAAAUAUAAUCACUAUUUCAAGUUCAGGGAAAAGUUAUACUUUUCUAAGUUAAUUAAAGGCUUAAGUUGUGAUAUUUGCAGUUAAUUAUAACAUACAGGAAUGAUUUUUUUAAUAUAAUUUUGUUGCUGAAAAGUUUUUAGGCCAUUGUAUGUUAUGCAAUACAACUUGUGUUGCAACAGGAAUUAUACCCCAGACUUUAAAAAGGUUUAAUCCCCAGUAUUCAAUUUCAUCAAGCUUUCAUUACUUCUGUUUGUAUGUAAUCCUAUUCUUGGUUGUUAUGGUAAAUUGCAACCCAACAAAAAGACACAGGUACCAUGGUAGCAGAGAGAACCAUUUAAAUUUGAUCAAAAUUUUGCAUUGAGAUUAACUUUUUAGAAUUGAUCUGUUCACUUGGCAAUACUGUUCAAAAAUCAUUCUUGUUUCAGAUUUCAAUAUCAUUUAAUAAUUUAGUCUUCAGUUUUUACUCACUGGAAUCAAAAUGAUGACUGUUACUGUGUUUACUUUUUCAAAUGAAGUAUUAAAGCACUGAGAAAGUUCUGCUACUUGUACCUCGUUUUCUCUAUUCAGAAAUUGUGUUUAGAAUAUUUUUCCUGUCAAGUUAAAAUAUACAUUUUAAUCCAUAAAUUAUUAUUUUCACUGACAUUAAAAGAUUGUGAUAUUGAAAGACAGAUUCUACUGAAACUUUCUGAGAUUGUUUAGUAAAAUUUUGCUGGUCAAAAAA